UGGCAUCACUGAAGUCGGUUACUUUAUGAUUUCUCUUUUCUAUCUCCACUCUCACCCUGGAGAAUAAAGGGCAUUGUCACAUCAUCAUUGGGCAGCCAAUCAGGUGGGCACCUCCCUUCAAUGACCUCCUUGUUCCAGAAGAGUUCUUAGGCUGCUUCAAUGGACGGAGGAAGCCGAGAAGAAGGCCUGGCAUAAGUCCAAAGAUGAUCAUUACCACAUGGAUCGUGUACAUUCUCGCCCGGAAAGGUGUAGGGUGGCCCUUCCCCCCCAAAACCAGUUCGGACAUUGAAGUUGUGGAAAGUGAGGCUGUGUCCGUAGUAGAGCACUGGUUGAAAAAAACUGAAGAAGAGGCUUCCCAGGAUAUAAAGGAGAAGAUGUCCAGCAACUCCCCUUCCAUCCACGGCCAAGAUGUCCAUGUGACCAGAGACGUGGUGAAGCACCAUCUCUCCAAGUCCGAUUUGUUAACAAGCCCGAGUCAAGAUGUCCUGGAAGAAAGGACAAGAAUCCAGUUCAUAAGAUGGAGCCAUACCCGUAUCUUCCAAGUGCCCAGCGAGGUGAGAGAUGAAGUUGUGCGGGAACGGAUAGAGCAGGUGAGACGAAGUUUAUGCCAUCUUUCGGAUGAAUCAUCUCAGGAUUUUGACAGAAGUUCCUACUCAGAGUGCUGAGAGCAACAGGUGAGAGAGCUGGCAGGUUGAUGUCCUUCAGGGUCAAGGGGAAGCCUGUGUAAGAAGAAUGUCCACCUCCUCUUUGACCUGAGGAGCAACCACACUGGACAGAGAGAAUCCAGUGGACGAGCCCUUCCUUGUGACAGUGGCAACACUGGAAUAUUCACAGUGAACUGCUAAUAAAGAGACACACUAUUUAACCACCA